AUGAAGAAAAGCUCGACUCCAAAGAGGAACAAAAUGAGCAAGAGGAGCAUCCCCCUGUCGUCGAAGAAAUCGCGCCAAGACUGUGCAGCUGAUGGUAGGGGGGUGGGAUACACCGGUGUCGUAUCAAGUUCAGAGAGGCUGGGUGUACUUUGGGGUGAUGUUAGCGACGUUGACGAGCCCGCGUCCGAAAUAGUGAGUCGCCUCCUGCCAUCCCCAUGUCGGCCAGCGACGUGUAAAGUUGCCAGGGAGACAUGCCUGCCAAUGAAACCAAUAAUUGUACUGAUGGCGGUGAAUAACAUCAUUUUUGGCGAGGGCUUUAAAAUGGAGUGGUGA